AUGAUCCGCUUCUUCCUGCUACAGAACCGCCAGGGCAAAACGCGGCUGUCCAAAUGGUACGUGCCGCCGCCUGAGGACCAGGAGAAGGCGCGUCUGGAGACCGAGAUCCACCGCCUCGUAGUGGCCCGUGAUGCCAAGCACACGAACUUUAUCGAGUUCCGCAACUACAAGCUCAUCUACCGUCGCUACGCCGGGCUCUUCUUCAUUCUGGGCGUGGAUCUCACGGCCAAUGAGCUGCUGGGUCUCGAGACAAUUCACCUCUUCGUGGAGCUACUGGACCAACAGUUUGCCAACGUCUGCGAGCUCGACAUCGUCUUCAACUUCAACAAGGUGCCGUCUAUUCAUCUCUAA